ACAAAAAACACCUUUCAAAAUCGGCAAUCCCUAUCUCCUUCCACCGCCAUGACUUGAUCUCAACAUCCCUCCAAAAACCCUAAUUCACAUUAUAAAACUGAAGAAUUAGAAAAGAAAAAGAAAAGAACUUUUUUUUUCCUUUUCCAAUUGAAUUGUGCAGGGUUCCAAUGGAUUUCUUUAAAUCUGUAUUCUCGGACGAUGUCCAACCCCAAUCCUCCGAUCCACCCACGGAUCCGACUCCGAACCCGGGAUCAUCCUCCUCGUGGAGCUUCGGCGGCCUAAUGAAAGCCCUUGCGAACAGGUCGGAAUCCGUGAUCGAAUCCUACCGAAAGGACCUCCAGGAAUUCGGGUCCGGGUUAAAGAAGGAAACCGAGAUUAUCAAGACCGUAGCCUCACGUGCCGUCAACGACUCCCUCGAGGUCGGCGCUUCCGUUGCUCAGGAAAAGCUCGAGUCGGUGGGACAGGCUAUUGAUGACAUCGGUAGCUCCGUUUGGAAAUCAACGGCUCAAAUCAUCUCUCACGGUAAACACACGUUCUUAUCACCGCCCGACGGUGAUAAUUAUGAUUCUGAAAAUUCUAAUAAUACAAAAUUAAAUGUUAGUAAUAAUAGCAUUAAUGAAAAACGGUACAAUCGUUUUGAGAUGCAAAUUCGAGCGCUUCAAUCAGAUAAAAGUACAUACUGUAUGGGACCAGAGGAUUUGGAGGAUUUUGAGAAUUGGAAAUUAGGGUUUAAUUUGGAAGAGAAAAAAGGGGAAAUUGAGGAUUUGUUAAAUGAAAAUUUAGUUAUUCAAGAUAUUUUUAAAGAGGUUGUUUCUGAUGAAUUAGAAUAUAAGAGAUAUUGGAGUAAUUAUUUUUAUAAGUUGAGUAGUCUAAUAAAAACAGAGGAGGCGAGAGCUAAGCUUGUUAAACGCGCAAUUUCGGGGGAGGAAGAAGAGGAUUUGAGUUGGGAUAUUGAUGAGGAUGAUGAGGAGAGUAUCGGGAAUGUAGAGAGUGAGAAGAAGAGUUUGAGUGAAGAUGGUGGUAAAUGGUCAAAAAAUGAUGAAGAGAAAUCAGGUUCAUGUAAGGAUAGUGAUGUUUCGGUAGUUUCAAGCCAGCUGUCUAUGCCUGAGGAGGAAGGAUGGGAUGAGAUUGAGGAGAUUCAGAGUAGUGUCGACAAUAAAGGGGAAGAUGUUGGGAGUGCUAAUAGAGCUGAUCUGCGUAAGCGGCUCAGUGUUGCGGAGGAAGAGGAUUUGAGUUGGGAUAUCGAUGAUGAUGAUGAGGAUCAGCCUGUUAAAGCUUGAUUUAAUAUUGAUAUCUGAAGGGAAAGAAAAUCAAGUGUUAAAUAUUAGUAGUAUCCAGGUAUUUUUAAGAUGAUUUUUUUUAAAUUAAAAUUUUAUAGUUUACAUAUAAUAAAAGAUUACCUAAACAUUGUAGUCCAUUUGUAAAUAAUUCUCAGUGAUUGGAUUCAAUUAUAUAAGUCUUUUUUUUCUUUAAAUGUUCAUAAAUAUACAUCAGUUCUAUGUGAAACAUUUGCAGAAUUGUGUUUGUUCAAAAUAGUAAUUCUAUAACUUAUGUGUUUGUUCUAAAUAUUAAAGGCUAUGAUCAAUAAACGGUGAAUGUGGUA